GCAAGCAUCGAGAGAUGAUGAAAACUUGUACGCAAUUUCUUGGAUUUCUUUCCUGAAUCGAUGCGAUUUCCCCAUAAUGAGACGCGGCGCGCACGUGCUCUUCAUUUGAUCAUUGAUUUCAACCGACGGCUUAUCCCGACGCAUCAUCAUCCGUCGAAAUGCUUAUAAAACGGGCAACGCGCAACACUCACCCCCUCGCCGCUGGUCGCAAUUGUACCUUCAUUCUUGAACGUUGGACGCAGGCUCUCGUCACUACGUUUUCCUCACAUCGACUCCAUCCCGACUUCUCUUCAGUAUGCUGUUUUCGGGCUCUCUUCCUUCCGUUAUAUCGUCAUCGUUGUGUUUUUACUUGCUUUGGGUUAUCGCUUCCGUCAACGCAAUUCCUCUGUCCCCAAACCCGCUCAGUUCAGCGACUCAUGACUCCUCUAGAUCCAAACUACCCCAAUCACUCUCCCUAUACCUCUUUACAUGCAACGGUCAGGCUGUUUCUCUUGCAAGUGGGAAGAAUUUAGCCUUUGGAAAUAAGGGUGAAAGGUGGAGCCUUCUGUUGGACCCUGAACAAGGAAUUGGUCCGUAUAGACCCGGUGUAUGUGCUCAGAAUGAGUAUGCGGUCGUUAAAUUUCUGCUCUCAACUGAAAGCGUCAUGAUCGAAGAUUUCAGGAAUCACCCAAUGCUUUUACGGAAGUUUGAGAGCGAUGAUGAUAAAUUACGUUCCUAUAGACUUGUAAACGACCAAAAGAUUCCUCAGAGUUUACAACGCACGCAGAAUCUGUUAAAUAGUCGUGAUGUUCUCCUAGUCCCAGCUUCGAUAGGAGAAAAAUCGAUUGAUAAAGCUGUGAUGCUGAAUUCCAAAGCUGUUUCACCUCCUGCAUUGACGUAUUAUGGUCAUGAGACGGGGCAAAGUCUACAGGAAGCAUGGUUGAGGAUGUCGAAAUCUCAUGCUGUGUAAAUUCUGUACAAGCUUCAGUUUCGUUUAAUAUCAUCCCUUUCCUGUUU